GGAAUUGUUAAAAGCUGUGAUUUUUUUUUUUUAAUUUAAGAAAACAUAAAUAAAAUACUCCAAAAUUUCAAUAAAAAUUUCUUUAUUUCUAGUUUAUGAAAGAAAAUGUAAUAAUGUAUACAGGACAGUCAGUUUUAAUCAUGAAACAAAAACAAUUAUCCAAAAAAUAAGGGAAAAAAAUGAGAAGGUAAAGAUUGUUGCCACCUAUCUUUGACAACGCCAGUGAUUAAAAUGUUGUUAUGGCAAGAACCUUGAAAAGAGUCAACAAGAAUAUCUUACAGUUACAGGAGACGAACAGAGCAAGUUUCGGCAGUUAAGAAACUGUCAUGAGUUCAGUUAAUAUAUCAUCGUCACAUUACAGCUAAACAUAAAAACCAAAAAAAAAAAGCAGAAAACAAAACAGAGUUUGGUUUGGUUUAUAAAAAUGGCAGAGAGAGAGAGAAAGAGAGGUUGCUGUGACGUCCCUCUCUCCCUAUCUCCUUAACCGAAACGGCAUGCAUUUCUUCCUUCUUUAACUUCCUUUCUCCAUUCCUUCACGACAAGAAUGAAAUUAACUCAUCACAAAAUAUGUCAUUUUUGAUGUUUGACCAAACAAAAAAAACAAAUGUGACAAAAACACCAAACCCAAAAACGGUUAAGAACAAAAAGGAUAAAAGAGUCUUUUACUUCUCCCUUAUUCUUCUCCUGAUUUUCCUCCCUCUUCAUUUUCUUCUCUUUUCUGGUAUAUGAACAAGUUCUGAGCUGUGACCAUUAGACCAACAACAGUCUUUAUAUCUUCUUUCUAUCUCUCUCUUUCUAUUAUUUCCUCCUUCUGUUUUAUGUUCCUAUUUCUUCAAAAACUACAGCAUUCGCAUUCAAAUUCACCUUCACUUGCUGCCUCGGCUUGCUCUUCAGGUAUGUCUUUCGUCCUGUUCUUCAUUCUCUGUAAUUCAUGUGUAGGGUUGCAUUAAACAGAAACCCACAAGUUUAGCUUUGGCUAUCAACAGUUCUCUCAUCAUAUGAACAAGUAACCACCGUAAAGAUGAUGACGGAGAAGUCAGAUUUAGUACAUGAAAAGCUCUGUUCAUUGUCAUUCCUACAAUUAGUAAUAGCACCAAACUUUGAUAUAGAUUUUUGAGUAUACACCAAGUCAAAGCAAAUUCAGGAAAAGCCAAUUUUUUAUUGUUUUUUUCCCCAUAAUAUAAGAAUAUAGUGGUCUUUUUAAAAUGCUAAGGUUUGAGUACACGACUGCCUCUUCUUUUGUAUCUAUCUGUAAGCUAUUAAUGUUUGGCGUUGCUUGUUUUCGAAAAAUUAUGACAAUGGAAGUCUAUAAGAAAGAUAACUGAUACCGGAUUUAGAGAAAACUUCUGAGUAUUUUUACCUUCCAAUCCCACCACUCUCAUUUCUGAACUCCUUGCAUGAAUCUGAUGUUUAUUGGUUCUUUAGAUGGGACUACAUUCUCCGAAGUCACUUUUCAUGUUUGAAUAUUUUACGUCUUCUGACUAACUGCAUAAAUGGUCGCAUUGUCGCAGGUCAGAGGCCAAAAUAGGUGGAAUUCAAAGCCUGUUUUGUCAGAGAAAAACUUACAUAUGAAUAACAAAGGGAGUCAGAACGUUGCUACCUGCAAGCCUGUCACUACAUUUGUCCAAACCGACACCAACACUUUCAGAGAAAUUGUGCAGCGAUUGACAGGUCCAUCAGAGAACAACUCUGCAGUAGCGCCACCAGAAGCAACAGUGAUAAAAACCGUCAUACAAAAGAAGCCAACUUCAAAGCUCCACGAGAGAAGGCAAUGCAUGAGGCCAAAGCUUGAAAUUGUCAAACCUCCUCUAAGCUUUAAGCCCACUGAAGGGGAGAAAGCCGAACCAGAUAGUUGUACAACAAACAUUGAAGAAGAGGAGAAAGCCAUUAAAGAAAGACGCUUUUACUUGCAUCCAUCGCCAAGGUCUAAACCAGGGUAUACAGAACCAGAACUGCUUCCUUUGUUUCCUUUAACUUCUCCCAAUUCAAGUGGCAAACCAUAAACCUGACAGAUUAAUCAUAAGCUUGUUCUCUGCCUACAAUCCCAAAGAUUAUGUACAUGUAGCGUUCUCACUCAAGAAUUGUCUCUGUAAUCUAUGUGCAAUGUCCUUGUGUAGACCAUCAUGAUCUAGCUUUGCAAUGUUUUAUGAUUUUCA